CCAGUCUGACAGAGCAAACGAGAGCCUGUGUCUCUGAGUGAGUGUGUGUCUGUGUGUGUUUGUGAGACGUGUAGAGCCAGCCGAGAUGAAAGUGUGAAACAGCGAGAGGGAAAACCUGAGGGAAAACAAAUCCCCCCAGCAAAUCAGAGAGGGGGAGAGGGAGUCAGCGAACGCAGCAAAAAAAGUCAGAGCAGAGGAGAAGAGAAGAGGGCAGACAGACAAAAAGGUAUAAGACAAGAAUGGCGAUGACUAGAUGACCAUACACACGCACACACACACACACUUUGCAUCCUUUCCUGGAGACUUGACAGGAGGGGCCGAAAAAAAAAUAUCUACACACAGUCAAAGGUAAACACUCUUCAGCCGGUCCCACACCACUGGAUCAUGUCAUCUACCGGGUCGACAAACCACAACAAGCGCCUCACAUCUGAAAAGGACGCCUCACAGAGUUUGCUCAACAACGACUCUGCUCACCACUUGAAGCGAAGGGACAGGCAGCGCUUUUUUGAAGACGUCUACCAGCAGGAUGUGGACAACUACCUGCCCUCUGUGCACCUGCAGAUUGACUGCAGGAAACCUCCGAUGGGCAGCAUUUCAUCCAUGGAGGUGAACGUGGACACUCUGGAACAGAUGGAUCUGAUGGACAUGUCGGAUCAGGAGGCCCUGGACGUGUUCCUCAACUCGGGCUCAGGAGAAGAUGAGGCACCUGUGGCUUCUCCACUACGAGAUGAUGAGGAUGAGGAGGAUGAGGAUGAGGAGGAUGAAGAUGCGGAAGUAGUUUACAGGGAACGCGCACCUCUUCGACGCCAAAGCGAAGUCCAUCGUGGGUCUCAGUCUCGCAUUUCUUCGACAUCAUCUGGUUCCAGCGUCACCAGCACGGGAGGAGCGGACACCCCUGUGAUCCAGUCGGACGACGAAGACGUGCAAGCCGACACCCUCCUGCUGACCUCCGUUCCCCAUGCGAGAGACGAAGACACAGAGGAGGACGAUGAAGACGAGAGAUGCUUCACAAUCAAUCAUUAGAAAGAGUUUCCCCUGAAGUCUGAAAUCUCGUUCUCUCCCUCUGUAUUUGUAUCCCUUUCUUAUGGGCCAGAAAACUAUACGACAAGGUUGGGCCCGCUGUAAUCUGAGUGUCCUUCGAACCGUGAUUUCACUUUUAUGAUUUUUCUCACAUUCUCUUUCGUUUUUACAAGUUCUGUGGCACAUACAAUGAAUAGUUUCUUGGCUGUUGUUGAAAGACAGUAGCACCAUUUAUGAGUCAUUCUUUCCUCCUGCACCAACAUGUUCUGCUUGACUUCAGUGUUAUUCCUCAAACUGCCAGAGGGAAAUGUCCUUCAUGCUUAUUUUUUUAAACAGUAUCUCAACAACUAGGUCAAGAAAUAUUGAACGUAGUUCUAUUUUCGAAUGACAACAUUCUCACAAUAACAAUAAUGGAAAAAGAAAACAGAAGUUGUAAAAAAAUGUAGGUUGUUUCAGAAAGACUUAGGACUCUGUCAGUUAGAAAUAAACGUAACAUAUACAUAUUCAAAUUCUAAAAGUUUAGAAUUUGAAAAUGUCACAUUGGAUCACAUCAAUCCAUCUAUUUUUGUUUACUUUAUCAAGGUCAGAUUAAGAAACAAACAAGUCUUAAAGGGGAAACUCAGAUGUCUCUGCUCAGUGACAAGUAGUUUCUCCUGAGGGAUCAUUCCCUGGUCAGAAGAAACGUACGAUCUCUCCAGCUAGAUCUAAGUCUGGACUGGGUUUCUCUCCCAGUAGAACCAUGCCUGUCAAACCUCAAAACCUCAUAUUACAUGCCUGAACCACCUCAGCUGACUUUUUUGUUAUGCAAAGAAGCAGAAGAAGCAAUAUUGAGUCAAAAUAUCCAAGCUCCUCUAAAGAAAACUAGUCGGAGCUGCUUUUACCUGUAGGUCAGAUGAUACAUCUAAAAAACCAACCAUAUUGAAUACAUUUAUGGACCAAUCUUCUCAGAGUUAAACAUUUAUUAUGGACAACCCAUAAAUGCACACAAGUCCAAAAAGAAAAAAGAAGAAAAUAAAACCAAUCAAAAUCUGAUGAAGCAGGUCAAUCACAUUUCUCCAAAUGACCGUGUGGGUUCUGGAUUAAUAACACAAAACAGGAAAUACUAUCUAAUUAAAGACUACAAAAAAUACAUUGUAACAACUGUAAUCACCAAGCAGCCUAAUUUAUUUCAAGACUAAGUCCGUUGCAAAUUUUUGAGUGAAAUAUUGAUUAAAGCCUCGGAACUCUAAAGUAGCUGAAAAUCCAAAUCAAGCAAUAACUAUUCCAAAUGUUUGUACUAAUUUACUUUCAAAUAAAAUCUUUUUGAACAGUUUGGAGACAUACAAUUACUUAUCCUAUUUCUUCUAUGCUUUAAAAAGUGUACAAGCUUUAGAAAAUACUUCAUUUUUUCCCUUUUACCAUUAUUUGUUUUUUUAUGCUAGCAAAUAACCUAUCACAGAAGUUGCCAAAUAUGUGAGUUUCUUCUUUGGUUCAAAACGUAAUGAAUUAUUUAAUCAAAUGUUCUGAGUUUUUUUGUCUGCAGUGUAAAUAUGUAUUUUAAGUUAAACAAAAGAAAUCCCCUCAAAACUGUCAGCUCUUAGCUUGAGGGGUGGUUUGACUAGACAGAGUUCAAAGCGCAAAACAAAAAUGCAGUUCAGGUUAAGAUGCUGUUAAAAAUAACUGCUGGUGUAAAAAAUGACUAGAACCUUCAAAGCUUGGACUUCUUUGACCCUUUUUCUGAACAUUUCCUGUGUGCAUGCAGAAACUACGGGAUUUUCAGUGUGAAGAAUGGAGCUGUAUUUGCAAAUGCAUGCCAUUGUGUAUUUGAUACUGUUUACUUCCUGUCUUCUCAAUACUUUAAACAAUGUAGCAUUUCUGUACAAGUGACACCUGUACGACACCUGCCCUUGUUCUCUUUGUGAGCUGAAUGUUGACAAGUGUAUAUUCUGACCACACGGAGAAAGAAAGACCCAUCUGAGCAGAGCUUCAGGAUUUUCAGUGUGUCUAACUGUAUGAAGCUGAGAGUGAAUCCACAACACCAGAGCCAGGUUGUUCCUAACCUACACUUGUAUCACAGUAUUAACCAACCUUAUUUUUACUUGGCCACACAAAUGACAAAAUAAAGCAGAGGGCAAACCCAUUGGAUGUACAGAUCCUUGAGUUGCCUGUUUUCCCACA